ACUCAUUUCUUUUCCCGGCAGGCCAUCUCAUGAAGAGGUGGAACAUGAUACUGCUCACUACUCAAUACACGAGUGAAUAGACGGUUCAGCAGAACGUGACUGUAGCUGCCCCGCACAACGCGAACCCCGAUUCACAGGAUGUAGGGUAGAACAUUUUGCGGGAGAUCGGAGCCCGGCAUCCGCAAUCUCCACAUCAGCACUUGAAUUGGCGUCUCCAAAUCCAGUCUCCUUGGCCGGAAGUUCGUAUGGGAGAGACAGUGAUCCAUUGUAGGUGUGCCAAGUGUUUCUGCUAUCCUACCAAGCGAAGAAUCAAAAGAAGACCCCGUAACUUAACCAUCUUGAGUCUCCCAGAAGAUGUACUCCUUCAUAUCCUGAAAUGGCUUUCUGUUGGGGACAUCCUUGCUGUCCGAGCUGUUCACUCCCACCUGAAGUACCUGGUGGACAACCAUGCCAGUGUGUGGGCAUCUGCCAGCUUCCAAGAGCUAUGGCCUUCUCCGAAGAACCUGAAGCUCUUUGAAAGGGCUGCUGAAAAGGGAAAUUUUGAAGCUGCUGUGAAGUUGGGAAUCGCCUACCUCUAUAAUGAAGGCUUGUCUGUGUCAGACGAGGCCUGUGCUGAAGUGAAUGGCCUGAAGGCCUCUCGCUUCUUCAGUAUGGCUGAGAAGUUGAAUAUGGGUUCUGAGCCCUUCAUCUGGCUCUUCAUCCGCCCACCAUGGUCAGCAUCUGGAAGUUGCUGCAAGGCCGUGGUCCACGACAGCCUCAGGGCAGAGUGCCAAUUACAAAGAACUCAUAAAGCUUCCAUACUACACUGCUUGGGAAGAGUGCUAAAUCUUUUUGAGGACGAAGAGAAAAGGAAGCAGGCUCACACCCUUUUUGAAGAGUCCGCUCAUCAGGGAUGCUUGGCCAGCUCAUACCUCCUUUGGGAAAGUGAGAGAAAGAUGGAUAUGUCUGAUCCUGGACGAUAUCUCCACAACUUCCGGAAACUCAGGGACUAUGCUGCCAAAGGCUGCUGGGAAGCACAGCUGGCUCUGGCCAAAGCCUGUGCAGGUGGAAGCCAGCUUGGACUGGAGUGGAAAGCCUGCAGUGAAACGGUCUGCCAGCUCUUCCAGGCCUCCCAGGCUGUCAACAAGCAGCGAGUCUUCUCUGUGCAGAAGGGGCUCAGCGACACGAUGAGAUACAUUCUAAUCGACUGGUUGGUAGAAGUUGCCACAAUGAAGGACUUCACAAGCCUGUGUCUCCACCUGACAGUGGAGUGUGUAGACCGGUACUUGCGGAGGAGGCUGGUACCCCGCUACAAGCUCCAGCUUCUGGGCAUUGCCUGCAUGGUCAUCUGUACCCGGUUCAUCAGCAAAGAGAUUCUGACCAUUCGAGAGGCUGUGUGGCUCACAGACAACACAUACAAGUAUGAGGACUUGGUGCGAAUGAUGGGAGAGAUCACCUCUGCCCUGGAAGGGAAGAUCCGAGUCCCUACCGUGGUUGAUUACAAAGAGGUCCUGCUGACACUGGUCCCAGUUGCAGCCAGAACCCAACACCUGUGCAGCUUUCUCUGUGAGCUCUCCCUGCUGCACACCAGCCUGUCGAUCUACGCCCCAGCCCGCCUGGCCUCUGCAGCCCUGCUCCUGGCCAGACUGAUGCAUGGACAGAUACAGCCCUGGACCUCUCACCUAUGGGACCUCACUGGGUUCUCUUACAACGACCUCACGCCCUGCGUCUUGAGCCUUUAUAAAAAAUGUUUCCAUGAUGAUGCACCCAAGGACUACAGACAGGUCUCUCUGACUGCUGUGAAGCAGCGCUUUGAGGAUAAGUGCUAUGAAGAAAUCAGCAGGGAAGUGGUACUGAGCUAUGCAGAGUUGUGCGCUGCACUCGGAGUGAGACAAGAAAGCCCAGAGCCCCCAUCUUUCCCUAGCACAGGGGAGAUCCACACCUUCCUCACCUCGCCCUCUGGGAGGAGAAGCAAACGGAAGCGGGAGAACAGCCUUCAGGAGGACAGGGACAGCUUUGUCACCACGCCCACCGCGGAGCUGUCUAGCCAGGAGGAGACGCUCCUGGGCAGCCUUCUGGACUGGAGCCUGGACUGCUACUCUGGCUAUGAAGGAGACCAGGAGAGUGAAGGAGAGAAGGAGGGGGACGUCACAUCUCCCAGUGGACUCCUUGAUGUCACUGUGGUCUUCCUGAAACCAGAGCAACACUGCUGCCAGGAAUCCAGUGAUGAGGAGGCCUGGCCAGAGGACAGGAGCCACCAAACGCCAGGCACCCAGGCACCUCCAGCCCCAGCUCCCAGGCCUCUUCUCUGCCACAGGGGAGAGCUGGGCAAGGACAUCACCACCUCUGGGUACUCGUCCGUCUGCAGUGCGAGUCCCGUAAGUUCCCUGGAUGGUGGCAUGGGGGGCUCUCCCCGAUCUACCUCAGUGCUGUCUGUGGGCAGCUACUCAAACACAGAGCCUUGCCACCACCAGGCCAAGAAGUCAUGUUUACAGUGUCGUACCCCAAGCCCCCCAGAGAGCGGGGUUCACCAUCAACGGGUAAAGCGCCAAAACCUAUCAGUGCACGGGGAUGAGGACACGAACUUGGGGUUCCUGAAGCUCUGAACAUGUCAGUGUUUGCCAGGGUGAAUGUUUACUGGGGAGGGCUGCUGUAUCUCUAGGACACUGAAGGCAGGUGCUGUGUGGACCCCAGAAGGGAGUUCAGUGUGAGCCGUCAGAAUACCGGACCGUGAAAGCUCAGCCUCGUCUCGGACAAGAGCCUCACAGCCGCCAGGCCACACCUGUGGAAGCCAUCUCCCUGCCCUCUGUGUCCUGCUGUCUCUGGGAGCAUGUGUUGGCGUUCACAAUCCCAGGCCAGGGGCUGACGGCUUCCUUGGAAUGCUAGUGGCCCAGGGAGCCUAACACAGUUCAAAGCCCUGCUGCGUGUCUUAUUUUAGGCCAGUGGGGAGCUGCCAUCUGAACACAUCACUGCCUGCUUCAGCCUGUGUCCCUGCAUAUCAGUGUUGACUACAGCCUAAUGGUCAGGUGUGAGGACCUUGAAGCUGGGGCUAAAGGUUCCUCCCUUUAAAGGUUCCUCCCUUUGGCACUUUGAGCUCAGUUUCAAAAUCUGUCCUGUCAGAGUGGUUUGUCUGUGCCCCAUUGUACUAUGUGACCGUCUGUCUGCACUGAAUUUCUAGGCCAUUCUUUCCUCAUCUUUAUUUCUAGGUUUCAUCUUAAAAAAAAAAAAAAAAGGAACCAUUUGAAAUAGAGGCUAUCCAACCAAUAAAAAGAUAACAGAUUCCCAAUAUUGCUGAGCUUUAACUGAAAAGAAAAUCUAGUUGCACAUGGUGACUCAUCAUGGCAAUCUCAGCAGCCAGAAAUGUGUGGUAAGAGGACCAGAAGCCCCAGGUCAGGCUGGGCUGGGUCAUAUGACCUUAGAAAAAGGAAACUGGUACCAGCCUCUUGGUUCUAGCCUUGUGUUCUUUCCUUAUGAAAAAUGAAUCUUUCUAGAGGAUAGCCAUAAACAAUCAUUGUAAUAUCCAAAUUAACAAAGACGCUGGAAUCCACGGGAAGAAAGCAGAUCACUGGACUUGCUAGGUUUAUGGCCAGAUUCCACAAGAAGAAAGCAGAUCACCGGAUUCGCUCGUUUAUGGCCAGAUUCCACGUGAAGAAAGUAGGUCACCGGUCCUUUUGUGCUGGUCAGAGACCUCAGGAAUGUCUGCUUCCCAUGUAAGGCAGCAGGCCUCGACACCUGGGGAUCCUGCUGAAGGCCGAGUAGAUAGGCUGACCCUGCGUGUAUACUUCUGUUUCCUCUUGAAAAAAGUAUCAGGAGGAGAAGGGGCGAGGUCAGUGUUUAUCUUCUGUGCUAUCUGCAGUGGCAGCUCUCUCUUUUUAUACUCUUCGCAGAAUCCUAACCACUCUGGCUGGGGCAUGAUGGUAGAAGAGCCCAAGCCUUUGGAUUGUAGUCCGACACCAUUGUGUUCGCCCGUGUGUGAGCCUGUUUCCUCGGCUGUAAGGGACAGUGAUACCUACCUCACAGGAAGGUUGUGAGGAUUAAAUGUGAAGAGACUCGUGAUAUAAGCAA